AUGCCUCCUCUCAAGAACAGCAAACUCAAAAACAACCUCCAAAUGAUGUUUCGUUCGGUUUUCAAAUCAUCAUCACACACAGCAUGGUUACAAGGGCUGCCUUCCGAAAUUGUGUUGUAUCACAUUCUCAUGUUUUUGGAUUUGAAAACGGUACUGAAUUUUUUCUGCACGAAUAAGGAAUAUUAUUGGAACUUUAUCGAAUCUCAUUCAGAACGUUCUAAUGAUUGGAUUGGUAACAUUAACAAUGUUAGUAAUAUGAGCUUUCCGAUGAUCGAUCAUGAUGAAAAAAAUAGCACCGUUUUUGAUGCCAAUUCAUGGUGGUAUCACUAUUGCAAAGGAUUGAUACCGUCUCGAAUUUAUAAACACAGCAAGAGAGAUGAACUUGAACUUAAUUAUUUUUCAUACGCGAGGGAUCAUAGAAAACAAGUCACUCAGCUAUUUAUGAAUUAUUUGGAAAUUUUACAUCAGGACAAUGGGAAAUUGGGGUUAGAUCAACCUAAUUUUUCGCCAUACCGAUGGAUAUCGUUUUUAAGAGAUUAUUUCUACUUCAAAUACUCUCAAAAACAUUACAAACAUGUUUUGGAUCUAGACGUCUUUGAGUUAAAUGAUGAAGAACAUGUGAGCAAGGUUCUUCUCACCAACGAUUUUCAUUCAUUUUAUAAUGCACAUUCAAUAUUGAAAGGGUGUUGGGAAACCGUGUGUUGUGAACACAGAUUAUUAUGUUUACCAAACAGUGCAACCAUCAAGUCAACUCUGCAGACUGCAAAUCAAGUACCAAAAAUUACAAGCUACCACUGGAUGGUUCAUCUCACUCAAUAUACUGUAUCACCAGAUAACAGCUGGAACCUGUUAAUAGGCGUUGACAAUCUCUUUAACCCCAGUAGAACUCCCAGCAGCACUGAUGUUCAUUAUGCGAUCGGUAGCACAUUGGAUAGUGAAGACCAAAUCUAUGUUAAACCCAAAAAAACAUCCAAGCAAGAGCCUCAUGCCGUUUCCAAGGGAAUAGGAUAUUGUGUGCAAUCAGAUGCACCUCUUGUUAAUGGUGAUACAUCGUACACAUUCAAGAAUACCAACACGGAGGGAGAUGUUUUAGGUAUUUCAUUUUACUUUACACCACCAGAAACAAUCACAUUUAAGGUUUUUGGAAGAAGUAAUAACGAAAAAUCACGUGACCAAGUAGUAGAAUUGUGUGUUGUGAGUGCUGAAAUUUCCACUCUUCACUCACCAAAAUUCUAUCCAUCUGUGUCACUGACAGCUGGACAGUGUGUGACCUUAUUGCCUUGGAAUGGGGAUUCUAAUGUUUUAUUGCGUCAUAUCCAAUCAGUGGAAACAGCAAUGAAUGACAAGAUGGACCUCACUUCAACCUCUGACAUUAAUGAAGAUCAAUGA